CCAAAAUUAAAAGAUGGCGUUUGUUUUGAUGCAAGAAUGUGUUUUCGUGUAGCUGUGAAUUAUCUUGAUUCUAUUAAUAUAUAAUUUUAGCAAAGUAUUUCCCUAUUAUUUCAACUUUUUGUAGAAUACCAAUAGAUUACUUGUAAAAUGACUGUGUUACUAACAGCGGAUUGGUGGCCCCAUGGUCGUGAUGCUUAUUUCAGGAAAUUUGAAGUGUAUUCGAUGGAAUGGCAGAAAGACCCGGACGUGAAUCUGGACAGAGUGAUUUUGACGACUUCCAAGUAUGGCGGGCCGAUAGCUGUGAUGAGAGAUCCAUCGAAGAUUGUCCAGGUGCAGUCCACUGGUAAACCUGUCAUAUCAAUCUACUCGUCUUCGGGCUGCUUGAUUUCAUCCUUCAAAAUUUUAAUGUAUUUAUUAUAUGUGUUGAUUAAUUUAUUAAUUUUUGUUUUAGGUUAUGUGGCGCCGACAGCAUGGGAAGUAGUGAGUGAGGAUCGCCACACACGCGUACUCUUCGCUAGAGGCUCCGAGUUGUAUGUCUUGAAUGAGUCCGACCAACGAGCUAUUCAAAAGCAAAUCGAUCUCGGCGCUGAUAACAGUCUAAUUGUGGCGAUGGCCGUCUCGGAUACUCAGCGAAAACUGGCCGUCAUGACUAAUUACGGAUUUGUGUGGAUUGGAGGCGUCGAUCUGCAUCAUUGCUACAGGCUGUUCGAUACCAAGAACAAAUCUCCUCCCAAAGAACUUGCCUGGUGUGGUGAAGAUGCUAUUGCUAUUUACCGUGAUAACAACGUGGAAAUUAUCGAUGAGAAAGAAGAUCCACUCAACUUUUUCUUCGAGAUCCCGAUCAAACUAGUGCAAGAGCUGGACUGUGUUCGGAUUUUGUCGCAGUAUAACCACGAAAUUCUCCAGAAAGUUCCAUUUGUGGUGCAGGAAAUAUUCAGGAUAAAUGGCACUGGUCCUGGUGCAUAUCUGCUCGAAGCCUCCAAACAAUUCAAGAAACGUUCCUACCGAGCGGAUGAGUACAUCCACCUGGUGAAGCCGAAGCUGGUGAAGGCGGUGGACCAGUGCAUCUCUGCGGCGGGACACGAGUUCUCGGCCGAAGGCCACAAAAUGCUGAUGCGUGCCGCGCAGUACGGCAAGUGCUUUCUCGCCGAGUUCAACCCCGACCCCUACGUCGAAAUGUGUCGCAUGCUCAGGGUGCUCAACGCUGUGCGCGAUGUCAAGAUCGGCAUACCGAUCACCUGUAACCAAUUGAAAGUUAUAGGAAUUCAGAAGCUUCUUGACAUGCUAUUAAUAAGAAGACAGUAUUUUUUGGCAAUUCAUAUUGCCAAACACUUGAGGCUACCUGACUCCUCUAGGAUAUUGAUGCAUUGGGCUUAUUACAAGGUUCAACAAAGUCAAUUAGACAGAGAAGAAGUUGCCAGUGAGAUAUCUGAGAAAAUCAAGCAAAAUCCUGGAGUCUCGUUUUCAGAAAUUGCCAUGAAAGCUGCCGACUGUGGAAAAACUCAACUAGCCAUAAAGCUUUUAGACCAUGAAAAGAGGGCUUCUCUCCAAGUGCCCCUGUUAUUGCGUCUAGGCCAGGAGCAAGUUGCCCUACAAAAAGCAGUCGAGAGUGGAAAUACUGACCUAGUCUACACCGUGCUACUUCAUUUACGCGAGAAUAUGCCGCUUGCAAAGUUUCAGAUGGUGAUAAGAAAGUUUGCACUGGCGCAGGCCCUGUAUUUGAAGUACUGCAGAGAACAUAAUAGGGAGACAUUGAGAGAUGUCUACACCCAGGAGGAUGACCACAAUGCUUUGGCUGCCUGCUCCAUUUAUGAAUGCUAUGAUAACAAAACAAACAGUUUGGAAGAAGCCUCACUGUCGGCGGCACAGGAAUGGUACAAGCGUGCCAAGAACGAGGUGCAUGCAGCGCUUUGCGAGGAGCAGUUGAAGUUGCGUCGACACCAGCGCCACCUGGAGGAGAAGUUCGCGCGCAACUUCGUCGAUCGCUCGCUGCACGACACGCUGCGUCAGCUGCUGCUCAUCAACGAACUCAAGCUGGCCGACAAGAUGCGCGCCGAGUAUCGCGUGCCGGAACGCAGAUACUGGUGGCUGAGAAUCGAAUGUCUCUGUCAACUAGAAGAAUGGGAAGAAUUGGAGAAAUUCUCAAAAAGUAAAAAAUCUCCAAUCGGAUAUGAGCCUUUUAUUGACGCUCUCCUAGAAUGUGGCAGACAGCACGAUGCUCAAAAGUAUAUGCCCAAAGUUAGAGAUGAGCUGAAAGUCAAGUAUUUUUGUAAAUUAGGAAUGUUCGAUGAAGCCCUCCAGUAUGCAAUCGAGAAACGUGAUCCGGAUGCAAAAAAAUACAUUCUAGCACAAAAGCAAUUGGCUGACAAGUUACCAAGAUAAAUUAAUCAAUGAAAUGAAAUCUAUCAUAAUAGAGUGAUUUUUCUGAAGGCUUCCAUUAAUUUUCUAGUAUUUUGAGAAAUUUAACGGAACAUUCAGCAAAAACUCUCCAAUAUCUUAUUUAAAUAAUAUGUACCUUAUUAGGUACCGGUGUUUAUCUUUUCCCAAAAGCUGCAUUCCAAUCUGUGAUAGUCGAAAAACUCAGCUUAAAAUCAUGGCCAUGCUCAUUCUGGUCAUUUUGUAUAUAUUUAAAUUAUUCAAAGCUCUAUCAUAGAAAGAGGAAGAAUUCCUAUAUUUUAUAUUAAAAAUGUAUUGCAGUAAUUCAAUAUUGUUAUCUUAAUUGUGCAGUAGGCGUUAUAUGUGUAAUAUACUUAUAUUAAUAUAUAGAUUGAAAUUAUUAAUUAAAUAAAUGAUUAUUAUGUUUUAUACUGCCAUAAA